AUGUCCUGUAGAAAUAGUUUUGCAGUCCGAGUCGUUAUCUAUUGCAUCACUAUUGCAUCAAAGUCUCUUUCUUUUUUUCUUUCUUUCUUUUUUUCUUUCUUUCUUUCUUUCUUUCUUUCUUUCUUUCUAUCACAGUCUGUUUCUAUUUAUCUAUCACAGUCUGUUUCUUUCUAUCUAUCUAUCUAUCUAUCUAUCUAUCUAUCUAUCUAUCUAUCUCAGUCUGUUCAUAUCUAUCUAUCUAUCUAUCUAUCUAUCUAUCUAUCUAUCACAGUCUGUUUCUAUUUGUCUAUCACAGUGUGUUUUUAUCUAUCUAUCUAUCUAUCUAUCUAUCUCAGUCUGUUCAUAUCUAUCUAUCUAUGUAUCUAUCUAUCUAUCACAGUCUGUUUCUAUUUGUCUAUCACAGUGUGUUUUUAUCUAUCUAUCUAUCUAUCUAUCUAUCUAUCUAUCUAUCUAUCUCAGUCUGUUCAUAUCUAUCUAUCUAUCUAUCUAUCUAUCUAUCACAGUCUGUUUCUAUCUAUCUAUCUAUCUCAGUUUGUUCAUAUCUAUCUAUCUAUCACAGUCUGUUUCUAUUUAUCUGUCACAGUGUGUUUCUAUCUAUCUAUCUAUCUAUCUAUCUAUCUAUCUAUCUAUCUAUCUCACUCUGUUCAUAUCUAUCUAUCCAUCUAUCUUAUCUCUACAUUCUUUUUCUAUUUCAGUCUGUUCACAUCUAUCUUAUUUUCUACAUCAUCUAUUUGUUUAUCUCAGUCUAUUCACAUCUAUCUAUCUAUCUAUCUAUCUAUCUAUCUAUCUAUCUAUCUAUCUAUCUAUCUAUCUCUCUCUAUAUAUAUAUAUAUUUUCAGUGAUAAUACGGCGAAGCAUGUUGUCUCUUUUUCCCUAGUGAUAACUGCCCAGCUAUCUCUUGUGCGAAAGAAGAGAUAA